GUCCCCGAUUGCCCGUUGAUCUGCCAUCUAUACAUCUGCGAAGGUGUGAAUGAGUGAGCCGAUGACAGCAGCAUCCGCCCCUUACUCAGCCUGUCUGAGGCGGCUCUUUGCGACUCACGCCAUCAAGAUGGGCGUGGUCAACGGCCGCAAACUCGCCGCACUCAUGGGCGACCCCCAGAUGCGCUUCAAGGCCGUGCACAUCGCCGGCACCAACGGCAAGGGCUCCACAGCCGUCAAGCUUGCCAGUGCCCUGCAGCUGUCCGGCUACCGUGUCGGCCUCUUCACCUCGCCCCACGUGUGCACCUUCCGAGAGCGGAUCCGAGUCAACGGGCAGAUGAUCUCUGAGGCUGAGGUGGUGGCUCUGGCAGAGGACAUCUUCAGCAAGGCCAAGGAGGCCGCGCUCGAUGUGACGUUCUUCGAGAUCUGCACCCAGAUGGCCUUCUCGCAUUUCGCGGCCAAGCAGGUGGAGUGGGCCGUCAUCGAGACGGGUCUGGGCGGCCGGCUGGACGCCACCAACAUCCUGCUGCCGGAGCUGUGUGUCAUCAGCUCCAUAGGGUGGGACCACAUGGCCAUCCUGGGCGACACUCUCGAGAAGAUAGCCAUGGAGAAGGCGGGCAUCAUCAAGGAGGGCCGGCCGGUGCUGCUGGGGCCGCAGGCGGCCGUGUUCAGCGGCAUACAUGAGAGGGCGCGGCAGCUGGGCAGCCCACUCGAAUGCGUGGAGAAGGGCCCUGAGCACGAGUCGUUUGACGACGAGAACCAGCGAACUGCUGAGUCAGUCAGUCAGUCAGUCAGUGAUCGAUAUAUCACAGAUAGAGGGGGCCCGGGAUCGAUGAAGAAGGAAAGGAAUCUGUCUGGUGGCGUGUCGUGUGUUUGUGUUGUUGUCUGUCGUCCUUGCCGUGCAGGCGUGCGCUGCGUAUGCUUGGUCUUGACUUGCUCGAGAAGGCCAUCAACGAUGGCGUUCACCACCUGCCGCCACUCCGGCUGCAGUUCCUGGACAGGGAACAUAUCGAGGUGAGAGAUGUGCGCAUGACAUGAGGGACAAGAGGAAUCACUGUCACAUCACCGAGAAUGAGAAUGCAACACCUCUGUGUGUGUGGUUGUGGUGUGUGUCAUGCAUGUAUCGAUGCUUGCAGGUGGCGAUUCACCAUGCGGCCUCCCACCUGACUCCCCACCCCAUCGCCUCCCUCUCAGCCACCUGUCGGCAGAUCGCCGACGACGCACAGACGCACAUCGAGGAGAACGGCGGCAGCGUCGCCAAGGGGACCCUCACCGCCCUGCCCCAGGGCUCCAUCCCUCCGUCACUCGAGAACGACCACUGGGGCGAGAAGGGCAGCCAGAAGCUGCGGCUGCCCGUGGCUGUGGUGCUGGACGUGGCGCACAACAAGACGGCCCUGGAGCGGCUGUGCGACGGGGUCAAGCAGAGGUGUGGGGGCAAGGGGGUGCGGGUGGCGGUGUGCCUGUCCAAGGAGAGGAGCCCCAGUGUACUGCUGCCGCUGCUGGAGGUCUUGAGCAACCCAGAGGGAGACGGAAGCAGCUCUUCGCUCAAGGUUCGUUCGGAGUGCAGUGCACAGAUCUGUCUGUCGAUGGAUAAAUGAGUGCAUGAAUGCGGAUGUGUGUGUGGUGUCUGUCCUGUCUGCAGGGUGUGCAUUAUCUUCAGCCGAACCAUCCGCGCGCCAAGAUGUUCCAGGCACUGGUCGACGACUGCAGAGCGUCGGGAGACCCAGCAAUCACACAAAGGUAGGUGGGUGAGGACAUGCGCUUUCACAACACAACCACACAAGUCAGUCAUUCAACAUCCACAUUGGGUGCUGCAUCGUGGCCCUCGGUAUGUGCAGGUUGCUGCCGCUUUUGCUGGAAGGCGCCAACAUGCACCACCUCGCCCAGACCAUCACUAAGGGCACCAACCGAGAAGGCGACACUGUCGGCGGCUCGUCGGCCGACACUGCGCCCCAUCUGUCCACGCCUCCCUCCCUCUCCGACCAUCUGUCUGCGGCAUUGCUGGCCGCAGCGGCUGACAAUGACGUGCUGAUAGUGUGUGGGACGUUCUUUGUGAUGAAGGAGGUGCUCGACACGUUCGGCCUGGCGCCGCUAGAGUGCGACGUGAUAGAGAUGAAUGAGCUGUCGUCCAACCCCUCGUCUGUCUCGACAUCCACCACUGCCAGCGGCAGAUAGGACGUGUGGAUGUCUGACCAGAUAGGAGGGAGGUGUGGAUGUCUGACGACCAGCGCAAGUGUGUGUCUGACGAUUAGAUCCAGAUCUUGUGAAUGAAUGAAUGCAUUCACGAAGGGAAACUGUCAUUAACCGUAACACUCGUCUGUGUGUCCGUGAUACUCAUACAAAUACAGUCCCAUCAGCACGCAGACUCAAACAGGCUCAAGGGGAGGAGGGAUCAAUCCCCGCCCCAUCAGCACACCCCAGUCCCGCAAACCCUCCCCUCCCUCCCCCACGCAGACAGAAGCUAGUCGCACGCGCGAGGGCGAUAGACAAGCGGGAGCGAAUCCAUCCAGACACAUGACUGAACCCCCGACCC